AUUAUUGUUAUUGAUGUGCGUUGAAACAUUCCACUUGAAACCCUAUGAAGGUCAGUCUUGUGAAGAGGAAAGGUUUGCACCUUUAAGGGCUCUGUGCCAAAUCCUCCACGCAAGGCGGUCCACUGGAAUGCACUUCCACUGAUGCACAUAACAUCUGUUGACAACAUCCCUGACCUCCUGAGGGAAGUGGCACUUUUUUUUAUUACAUCCCAGAGAGCUGCAACAAGCAGACAACAUGAAGCCCAAAUCUCUUCCAUCAAGGUUGUUUGACGGAAAUUCUGCGUCAGGUGAAACUCUGAAUGUGCGAGCAGCAAAAUAUCAACGGCAUGUGGAUCACCAAGAGAGUCUGUAUCACUCUGGCCACGAUGACAGCCAGUCAGCGGCAGACAACGGCAGACAAACUGAGAGGAGUCACAGAGAAGUUCAUUUUGCUUUUCUGUCGGAGAGGUAUGAGCCGCUGGUGGAUGAGGAGGUGCGAGUCGAGGCAAAAGAAGAGAAGAAGAAAAGGAAGAAAGAAAAGUACAAAAAAGUCAAGAAGAAUGUUGGCAAAGCACUGCGCUCCACCUGGAAGUGUCUAAUGCUUGGUCUGUACAAUUUUGCCCUCGGCUACUCUACUCCAAUCACGGUGGCGGCUACUUUCAUCCCGGACUUUCACCCCGGCAGAAACACGACCUGAGCCCGGCCACGUGCACCUCCUCUGGUAGACACUACACUGUAGCUACAUACCAGUUAACCCAUGGGCACUGACCAAAUGCUUUUUAUAUGUUUAGAAUGUUUUAAGUAUUUGAAAUUACAUUUUUAUAUUUGUUUUCGAAAAUUGUAAUCAGAAUAUUCGUAUUGUGUUGUAGGCACAAUAAAGUGGUUAAUAGGCCUCUUUCACAGCAGACAUUUUGACUCGUCAAAGUAGUUUCUAUUAAUAUUAAUGAUGUUCAACUAAGUUGUUUUGGUAAUCUAUAUUUUAUCAAAAUAUUUCAUUAUUUACACCUGGGCUUUUCUUACUGUGACAUUUUGAUCUUAUCAAUUGUUGUAGCUGUAAUAAUAUACAGAUUUAACCAGAUUUACAGGCAUAUACACAGUUCAUAAGAAUUAAAUAAAUUACAGACAGAAUCUGUAAAAUUCCUCUUUGCAUAGACCCAAUGCGUAUGUAGGCUAUGUACUCUUUAUCAAACCUAAAUUACAUAUUGCUCAUGCACAAAAUAUGUGCAUUUUUCACUUGGAGGACGAUUUUUUUUUGAAGCAUCUCGCUGUUGUUUGCAUGUGUGCAGAGGGAUUAUGUGGGGAUGUGGCAUCUGCAGCAGGACAGGAAUGACUGGAACAUUUACUGUAGCUGCAGAUAAAGUGAAUCAGGGCGAAUACCCCUUACAGGCAGGAAACAGGGAAGCGAUCGUCAGUGAAGUACGAGUGAAUCAAGGCUGAAAGGGUGUGUGCAGGCACAGGCGGAAGGAAACCAGGCCAACUGGACCACUGAUCUCAGGAGCAUUUUGCAAUACUCAACCCGUCCGAGCGUCAGACAGAUGGCCAGCAGACUGAUGGUGAUUAGGAGGCUUUGGAUAUAUUUCUGUGGAGUAAAAGUUAAGAUGAUUCUCAGAUUGGAACCAUAUGGUGUGACCUUUUAAAGGUAGUUUCUAAAAUGUACGUGUAUGAGUUUGUUCAGUUUGAAAGUUUUUCUUGUCAUGAUAUUUGUAGGUUGAUGUGUGAUCAAAUGUUAAUAAACUGUACAACAAAACAAGAUCAUUUGUUAAUGGCGGACAAAGGAGUGUGAAAAUACAGUAACAUCUUAAAAAAAAUAAAGUAAUCACACAAACUCGUAAUUUCCAGAAUCUUAUUGAAUAUACAAAGAUGGAAGCUAAUGUAAAGAAAACAGAAUUGUGUGAGGGAAUAAAACAAGGUUGCUUUCAAAUGCCUUUGUUGUCACACAAUAGGAACACAAUAUGAAAUAGCACAGGCACAGCUACAGCACACUGUUGGCAACUGGCGAGUCUCCCAAGGCCAGGAACCUAUUUAGUUUGAACUCAAAGUUGACGGGACGUUCACCGGGAGAGCGGUAGUUCCCUCUCAUCGUUGAGCUCAGGUAGGGAAUGAGCGCGCAGUUCUCUUCAAACGAGGCCAGCUUCUUUUUGUACUUCUUGCGGGUGUAGUCUGUGCUCUUGUUGUUGAAAGCUUUAAAAAACAUAAGAUUGAAUUCAUUAGUUGGUUAAAUCAUAAUUGUAUCAUAUUAAGUUCAAACAAUUCACACAUGAUGUUUCAUUUUGGCCUAAGGCAGCCAUGACACCUUGCCUACCUUUCAGGUAGAAGGCCACAUAGAGGAGUGAUGAUCUUUGUAUGCUGAGGAAGGGGUACUUUGGUUUGAGACACCCAACCGCUGUCAUGGCCUUAAUGACGGAUACUGCGACACCCUAAAAAAAAAUACAGACUUUACUCAAGUAAGGCGGAUGUCAAAGAGACUUCAGAAACAUAUAUAUCAAAUUAUACGUUUGAGUUUGUGUCUGACCUGUUCCAGAUAGCCCAACGUUGGAAGGGAGGUGAGGGGUAUAGGUUCACACAGAGGAGGAACUUUAGUCGGCAGCUUCUGGUCCCAGUAGGCUUCGGGAUUCCUUAAAAGAUAACAUUUCAACACCAUUUCAACACUUUCUACAUUACAAGUAGUGUAAAACGUUUCGAUAUCAUUGAUAUGCACAACUAACCUUGUGAAAAGAACACAUGACUUACAAAACGUUUCUGGAAUACACAAAGACGUAUAGCUCCGCACCUCAAAAACUUGUCCUGUUUCAGCUUUGUCUCAAAAAUGUAGAUCCUUUCUCGGUAUUCAACAGCAUAUUCCAUCUUUCCUCGAACCAGAGCUUCAUACCUUGGGACAAGUAAACCUUCCGUGAAUCGAGAACUAUCUCAUACGGUAAAGAGUAGUGGGCAGUAAGAAGAGAUCUGACACAAAUUAAAUCCGCUUGACAUAUUCUUUCUAUUUGUGUUGGCAUGAAGUGGUACAUUCUGUAGGUUGCAGAUGUUGCAGUUUUUAAGAAUUUCUUGUUAUUAUUAUUUACAUUAUGUGCUUUCAAAAUGCACUUUCUAAGGAAUCUUCAAUCUAGUGAAUCAGGGCAGAGACCACUUCAUAAUUUACUAAAAUUGAUAAGAAAAAUAACCUCUAUUAAACCAUUAAUAAAGUAAUGCCAAUCAUGUAUCAAAACCCACACUGACUGAUUUGAAUCAACAGUUCUAAGAGUUUUAUUUGUUUCUAUUCACAUCUUAAUUAGCUGUUUGGUUGGUACAUAGCACAUAUUGUCAGUACAUAUUUCUGUACACACAUGAAAUCCCUUUGCAUUGACUUCUUUUGUUUUGGGUCUUAGAAAAUGUUUUCUCAAGAAAUGAGAAAAAGUGAAUAAUCAUGUAUGUGUCACCGGUAGAUUAGAACAUUAUAGAGCUGAAUACCCCUAUAAUGUUCAAUGUAACAUACCUUUGCUUUCCAUCCAGAUAAGUGACCAGGCAGAAGCCCUUCAUCUCAACUUGCUGUGGGAACCUGUUUUUCACCUGAAUCUCAGUGAUCUUUCUUGGCAACAGGUGGGGUUGUGGGAGAGUGUGCACGCAGCCAG